AGAUGGUGGAGCAAUGCAAUCUGUGUUAGACUUGUAUUAUGAACCGAGUGACUUAUGGCAGAGAUUGUUGUGCAGAUAGCGAUGGGAGUGCGCGAGAUGAUGGUCUCAUGUUUCACGACUAUUUCGGCUUUUUCGUCGAUUUCGAGAAGACCUAUCUCAUCCGAGGCAUUCAUCACUAUAGUUAUAUUAUCCGUUAUAGCCAUUUCAAUCCUGUGCUUGGCAUUCGUUAUGUUUUGUUGUACGCGAACGAAAAAGAAGCCAGGAAGUCCAUACACUAGGCGUGAAGUACUUUGUAAGAAAGGAUUAUAUGCACUGAUGAUAGCUCGGGUUGAUGAAUUCGACACCCUAACACCGCUAAUUGCAACACCAACAACGUCACAGCCCCCAGAAACCACUCCUCAAUUACCGAGGCCUUCUUUGCCCGUUCGUCUCAACACAUCCGAUAGCCCACCUCCUCCACGAAGACCUGUGCAUGGCAAGACACUAAUUGUUCCGCUAAAUGCCAGUCGGUAUCGAGCACCAAUUGCCCCACUACUUGGUACUCCAGACAGUCGCAUCACAUCUUUCGAGGGUGGCACAACGAAAAGCUGUGCUACAAUCCCGGAAGAUGAUGAAGAAGAAUCUCCUAGCUGUGAAAAAAUUGAUGAUCUCGUCUCGAUAGAUAGGACCACGACUUCAACGUCUGAGCAAAAGUCUCGUCAAUGUUACAAUUCGCAUUCUUCCUACAACCUUGUUUUGCCUGUUUCUCCUCCUGAAUUUCAGAUCCCAGUGCCUUUGUAUUCCCCGCCAUCAGUACCUUCAAAUCCAUCACAACCGCAAGCAAGUCGAAAUGGAACGCACUGUAGUCCAGAGGAACCGAGCCCAUCCUUGCAAAGCAUUGGAAGUCCCAAUUCUACCGGAUCACCGAUAGAUACGACUGGUUCCAUAAGUGACAGCUUUUAUAUCAAUAGUGAUGUGAUUUCUUCAACAAAUGGUUCUCAACUGCAAAUCGCAGAAGAGAACGGAUGUACAGAGUUAGAAGUUCAAUCAAAAUACCAGCUACACAGAAUUGAGGAAGAAUCUGAAGGAUUUGAAGAACGAGCGAUGCGAACUGUGUUUAGCCAAGGUAGCUUGGACAGAGAGCAAAAUUUCAUGAUACCUCGAAGCAUUUCAGAGCAGUUCGAACUGAUGCGGCGAAACUGA